AGAGAGAAAAGGUAGCAAGGCAGACAGAAAGGGCGAGAGCUUGUCACGUCGGCAUGUGAAACCGUGUUCAGAGUACUUUUUUUUUCUUUUCACAAAGAUACUUAACAAGUGAUAAGUCAAAAAUGCUGUACUCCGUCUAUGUUGCCUUCAAAAUGACAUUUUUCAGAGGCUAAUUUACAAGAGAUAAAGGAAUAGCAACACUGGGACGGCCUGCGCUCAGCUCAAAUCUUUGGCACACUGCUUCACUGUAACUGCGUGUCUUCCAUCAGAUUUUGACAGAAAACUUAAUGGACUAUACAGAAGCCAAAGUUGAAAUGGCUGAAGAGGAGCAGCUGGAACCGCUUGUCAUCACCGAGGAGGGAGAUGAAACUGAAGGUGUUGCUGAAAGCAGGCCGCUAAGCAGUUUGACUGUCAUCGUACAGAGCAACAGUGAAGCGUUAGCACCCGAAAAGGAAGGUGAACAGACUAGAGAGGACGAGACUACAGAGGAUACAGCAAGCAAAAUGUGUGUAGAAAAACAGAGCCUGGCAACACAAGAAACCACAGCAGAGGAAGGGCACAAAGAAGAGAAUGAUGGGGAUGAUGAAGGGGAUAAAAUUGGGCAAGCAGAGGAUACUGAGAAUUCAAAUGGUGAACAAGACAGAGGUGAUAAAGAGGGAAAAGAGGAGACACAGGAGGGGACAAGGAUUAAGGAAAUACCUGAGAAAACCUGUGACACAGUAGAAGCUGUAGUCACACCAACAGAGCCUCAAAUGGACAUAAAUGGACUUACUUCCUCUGCCCAACCUGCUGAAGGGACACCGAGUCAAAAAGAUGACCAAAAACAGGCUCACCGGUUAACCCCUGACUUCCCAGAGGCGCUGUACGAGCUGCUGUGCACCCUUCAGGAGGGAAGGCGGCUUAAUGACCAGCGCUGUUCCUUCAGGCUGGAGAGCGGAGUCAGGAGGAGGAGGUGCCACUCAGAGCCCAAUACCACCAAACCAGUGAACAGAGUCAUCUUCUCCUCCAUGACUUCGCUGCAGAGAGAGGAGUUCUUUGAGCUGGUAGCCACCGCUCAGGCCCGCCGCCUGGAUGACCAGAGGGCAUUGCUCGAGAGGUCUCCACCUCCGAAGUCAAAAGCCAGAAGCUUCAGAGGCAGCAUAAAGCAACUCUCUAUUGUGAAAAAGCCCGCUCCGCUUCCUGUGCCCAAAGAGGAUCUGUACAACAUGAUUCUCACCACACAAGCCCAGGGCCGGCUGGAGGACCAGCGCAGUCGGGCUCCCGGCCCCAUGGACGACGAGGACUUCUUCUCCCUGCUCCUGAGGGUGCAGGGCGGCCGCAUGGAGGAGCAGAGGACGGAGCUGCCGCACAUCCUGCAAACCUGAGACAGAAAGCAGCUGUGGAGCUGCCGUGGCUGCAGACAGAGCCGUCAUAUUAGUUUGGUUGCUUUUUGAAAGGAGAUUUUGUUGUUCACCCUACUGAUGCUUUCUUGUUGUUAACCCUUUUUAUUAGCUUGUUCAGAGCGUAUUAGCACAUUCCCAGACCAGCUUUGCUUUCUGGUCUGUUGAUAGUGUUGUAUAGUGAUAUUGGAAUUGUAGCAAAACGCUAAUGAUUGAGCAACACAGCUUUUAAUGUGAACUGAGGGUCAUGCCUGAUGAGAUUGUGUGUCUAAGUGUUAGCUGGGUCACGUCUUUCUGAAUGACCAAGAUGAGAAGAAAUGCUUUUGCAUCUUGGCUGGGGUGUGUGGUUCAGAGGCUUUGUGUGUCUUUGUGCUCUGGAUGUGUGGGAGGCAGCCUAUUGGUCUCUAGUAUUACACCUUAUUUGUACAGUAGUAGAUAUGAAAAGGACAGGAGGGGUGGUAGUGAGGAGAAUCAGACCCAGCCAAGGCCACUCAGUGUUUAACUGCAUUUGGAAAAUACUCCUUUGGAGAAUAAACAAAAAAUAUGGACUGUAUCUGAGCCGUUUUAAUACUUUUGCAUUUACCUAUUUAUUCAACUUUUCCCAAACCUUGUCUUAUAAAAAAUUGAUUGAACAUAUGCUCAAUUAUGAUAUCAUUCGAAUGAUUCUGUCUCUCUUGUUUCUCUUUCUGUCUUUCUUUCCUUCUCUUUUUUAACUUACCAUGCACAAUUAUAUUUAACUACUGAGAAUGACUGAUAUAUAUAUAUAUCUUUAGCAGUUCUGUGGCACCAGAGAUGUAGAGUAGACCAUCCUUUAUUUUCUUUAUGACUCAUCUCUUGUUUGCAAGGUGAGGUUUCUAGAUGAUGUGUCAUGAUAUGUGAUGGCUAAUGUUUCCAUUACAAUAUAGGCACAAAUGACUCAAAUGCAAAGGUGUUUUUUUUUUUCCUCUCCUUUCCUU